GAUUUAGUUUCAUACUCCAUCAUAUUACCUUUUUCAACUUUGAAGUAAGUAAUUACAAGUUGCUGGCUUUUUCAUAUUUUUUUACCCGUAUCUAAUCAUGUCCGCAAUUAAGUUUGGUAGCCACCUAAAAGAACUACGAUUGCACUUAUGUCAGUCAUCUCCCUCAAGCAAAGGAGUGCGGCAGUUCAUAGAAAAAUACUAUAUACCGAUGAAAAAAGCUAAUCCAAAGUUUCCCAUAUUAGUACGUGAAUGCAGUGGUUUGGAACCAAAAGUGUUUGCUCGAUUUGAAUUUGGACAAGAACGAAGCGAACAACUAUCUGAUCAAUCAGCGGAUAAUGUACUUAAGAAAAUAGAAGGAUUAGUAAAACAAUAGAAUUGUGGUAAAAGAAAAAUAAUGUUAUUUUAAUAUUAUGUACAUAUUAUAAAAUAUUAUACUAAUAUAUUUUAGUUUUUGUAGUCUGUUGAGCUAUAUGACAUUGAGUUAUUACUGUUUUUAAAUCAUUUAAGUUAAACAAAUAGUUUUAGUUCUUAAAUAUUAUAAACCUAGUUUUGAAUA